CUUUGAUAAAAUGUGAUAACAAGUAUUGGCAAUAAUAUCGUAGCUGAUUAGCAUGAGAGGUCAUUUAUUAUACAGUACAUCGUUAGCGUUCCAUACAUCUCGGCGUUACGACAGACAAACGGAACUAUCCGUAUAACCUUAAAGAAAUUUCGACGAAUUUCACCAAGAAUUUUUCUUAUGUUUUAAUUUCAUAAUAGUGGGUGAUUAAAUAAGUGUUCAAAAUGAAUUGCAGAUUUCCACAAAUUAUAAGGAAUACUUUGAAAAUCAGAGGAACAUCCACCAGAUAUAUUUGUCUAUCACAAGCACAUUUUCAAAAUCAUUCACAAAGUAAUCAUGAAAACUGUUCUUCGUGGCAUAGUCACAAAGUAUUCUCUCUUUUGGGUAUAGUUGCAGCUGCUUAUGCUGGUUAUAAGUAUACCAGUGAAAAAAAAUUGCUUCACGUUCAUGCAGAAAGUGCAAAUGAACUUGGUGUACAAAAAGUUGCAGUAGGAGAACCAAGGCCAGAUUUGCCAUUCUAUAGCAUGGACGAUGUCACAAAACAUGCUUCAAUGGAAACUGGAAUUUGGGUGACUUAUCGUUUGGGUGUUUAUGAUAUUACAAACUUUGUAGCGGAGCAUCCAGGAAGCGAUAUUAUAAAUUUAGCGGCUGGAGGAUCAGUAGAACCAUUUUGGAAUAUCUAUCAACAACAUAAUAAUCCACAAGUUUGGGCUCUACUGGAGACACUAAGAAUAGGUAAUCUGAAUCCUGAUGAUCAAGCUGACACAUCAGAUUUACAUGAUCCUUGGAGUACAGAACCUAAACGCCAUCCAGUACUGAAAGCUGCUUCACAGAAACCAUUCAAUGCUGAGCCUCCUCUGAAAUUGCUCUGUGAUAGUUUUUUCACACCAAAUGAAAUGUUUUAUGUGCGUAAUCAUUUACCUGUACCUGACAUUAAUGUUGAAGAUUACGAACUUGAUAUAUCUGUGGAAAUAGCUUGUGACAAAUCAGUGACUAAAGAAGCAACUUUCAAGUUAGAUGAUAUUAAAAAAUUGCCAAAAUAUUCAGUCAGCGCAGCUAUAAUGUGCGGCGGAAAUCGACGGUCAGAAAUGACUAAGGUUAAAGAUGUUCGAGGUUUGACUUGGGGUGCAGCAGCUGUUGGUAAUGCCACAUGGUCUGGAGCCCGAUUAGUUGAUGUUUUGGAAUCCAUGGGUAUUAAAUCAGAUGAAGAAAGUCAUGUGCAGUUUAUAGGAUUAGAUGCUGAUCCUACAAAUACAACUUAUGGUGCUUCAGUGCCAUUAUCGCAUGUAAUGAAUCCACGAAAUGAUGUGCUGCUUGCAUAUGAAAUGAAUGGAAAACCUCUGAAUAGAGAUCAUGGUUUUCCCUUGAGGGUUAUUAUACCAGGAGUAAUUGGUGCUAGGAAUGUUAAGUGGUUAGGAUCAAUAGUCAUAUCUUCAGAGGAGAGUGAUUCCCACUGGCAACAAAAUGAUUAUAAAGGAUUUAGUCCAAGCACGGAUUGGGAUACAGUUGAUUUUACUAAGUCACCUGCUAUACAGGCAAUGCCUGUAACAUCCGCCAUAUGCCUACCGCAGGAGAAUGAAAAAGUCAAACCUGAAAAUGGAUUUAUCAAAGUUAAAGGAUAUGCUUGGUCUGGAGGUGGUCAAAGGAUUGUGCGAGUCGAUGUAACAGGUGAUCAAGGUUUAACAUGGACGACAGCAAAACUGGAGCAAGGUAAAGAACCUUCAUCACGACAUUAUGGUUGGACUUUAUGGACUGCUGAUGUACCUGUGCAAAAGGGUGUGAAAGAGAUGGAAUUAUGGUCUAAAGCAGUUGAUUCAAAUUAUAAUGUUCAACCUGAAAGUUUUGCAAAUAUUUGGAACCUUAGAGGAGUACUAAGUAACGCUUAUCACAAGGUGAAAAUAAAUAUUAAAUGAAGAAAUGCUUCACUGGUGUUGCCAGUAAAAUUAUAUUUACAUCACAACAAAAUAAUACGUAAGUGAAUAUGUAUAAGAAGAAACUUA